CUUCCUCCGUCUCUCUCUGUGUGUGUGAUAGAUAAGAGUUCUGCAGUUAUAAUUUUAAUUAAAGAUAUAUGCCUUAUCUUCUAAUUAUUCUGAUUCCCUAAUUUUAUUUUUCUGGGGGAGGGAAUUACUAUUAUCUGAUCUAAAACUUUCGGUUGUAUUAACUAUUUUAAAGAUGCUGCCUUUCUUUAUUUUUUAGGAUAUGGUCCAGACUUGGUCCUUGAAGCUUUGAAUAUAUUGUGAAAAUCUAUUUAUACAAGAAAUUUGAGAUGAUGAGAAAUUUAUUUCCUGUCUCGUGCUCUCAGUAGUACCACAAAAAUUCUUGUUAUUACAUGAUCCAUACAUAAAAUACUUUUCUUCCAGUACAUGUAUCCUACAUAGGAUCAUAAGUUCAUAACUUAUAAGUGACUAUUACUCUAUUAGCGGUUUGAGAUGGAUUUGUCACCACUUGUUCUGCUAUAUGGGUUUCUUUGUAUAAUGGUCAGUCAUUCAUGGCGAUUAUUAUCUAGUUUUGCCGGGUUUUUGAUAAAUGGAAGCAUGGGCUGUGCAUCCGAGCGGGUAAAGGAAAUAUUACCUCCAAUUUCGUUGUCUCCUUCCCAAACAGACAGUACUCAACUUCCUGACAUAGACAUGAACGGCUUGAAUGUUGAAACAGAAGAUACUUUUGUUACUUUGCUUGAAAUGGCUGCUAAUAACGAUGUCGAGGGGUUUAAGAGAUGGAUCCAGCGAGACCCUUCUGCUAUUGACGAGGUUGGACUGUGGUAUGGCCGCCAGAAGGGUUCUAAACAGAUGGUUCUUGAGGAUAGAACCCCUUUAAUGGUUGCUGCUACUUAUGGGAGUGUUGAUGUUUUAAGUCUGAUCCUUUCUCUAUCUGAGGCCGAUGUUAAUCAGUCCUGCGGACUAGAUAAAACUACUGCUCUUCACUGUGCCGCCUCAAGUGGAUCUUUGAAAUCUAUUGAUGUUGUGAAACUGCUCCUGUCAGCAGGAGCUGAUCCAAAUUUGAUUGAUGCUAAUGGUUAUCGCCCUGCUGAUGUGAUUCUUGUUUCUCCAAAGUUCCAAGACAUGAAACUUGUGCUGGGAGAGCUCCUUGUAAACAAUGGUCCUGAUGGUAUAAAUGACUUGAGGGUGUCAUGUGCCACCUCUAAUUCAAAUCCCUCUUUACUCUCUCCAUCAUCCCCAGAGAAUAGAUCCCCAUCGUCUGCUUCGAAUUCAACAUCUUCUCCCAAGAUCACAAAUUUUGAUGAUCUUAACUCUACUUUUGCUGCAGAGAAGAAAGAAUACCCUGUUGAUCCCUCUUUGCCAGACAUAAAAAACGGCAUAUAUUCAACAGAUGAAUUCCGUAUGUUUUCAUUCAAGGUCCGGCCUUGUUCUCGUGCAUAUUCACAUGAUUGGACGGAGUGCCCAUUCGUUCAUCCUGGGGAAAAUGCUCGGAGAAGGGACCCGAGGAAAUAUCACUACAGCUGUGUUCCUUGUCCUGAUUUUCGUAAGGGGGCAUGUCGAAGAGGGGAUAUGUGUGAAUAUGCUCAUGGUGUUUUCGAAUGCUGGUUACACCCGGCUCAAUACAGGACCCGGCUUUGCAAGGAUGGUAUCAGUUGCAACCGCAGGGUUUGCUUCUUUGCUCACAAACAUGAAGAACUUCGACCAUUAUAUGUUUCCACAGGUUCUGCUGUACCAUCUCCUCACUCAAAUACAACUGCUGCUAGUGGAAUGGACUUUGCUGCAGCAAUGAGUCUCCUCCCGAGCUCGCCUUCAUCAGUUUGUGCUAUGUCCUCUUCACCGUUUACUCCACCAAUGUCUCCAUCUGCAAAUGGCCUUCAAAAUCUGGGAUGGCACCAAGCAAAUGUCCCUACUCUGCAGCUCCCUGGUAGCAAUCUUCAGUCCAGUCGCUUGCGUUCAUCACUUAAUGCAAGAGAUAUUCAUGCCGAGGAUAUGAACUUGUUGCAAGAUUUUGAUAUGCAACAACAGCAGCUCCUCCAUGAAUUCUCUCGCCUCUCUCAACCUAAUGUCAGUGCUAAUUCUUUGAACCGUUCUGUUCGGUCAAGAAACCUAACCCCUUCAAACCUUGAUGAUAUUUUCUCCUCGGAGAGCUUAUCUCCUCGAUAUUCUGAUCCACCAUUGGCUUCAUCUGUUUUUUCCCCUAGGCAGAAUUCAUCCAUUCUCAAUCAAUUCCAUCAACAGCAGAGCAUGUUAUCACCCAUUAACACAAACUUCUCACCAAAUAAGGUAGACAAUCCUCUGCAGAACUCCUAUGCAACCCCAUUAGGGAGAAUGUCUCCGCGGAAUAUGGAACCUAUCUCACCAUUGAGUUCACGGGUUUCUACAUUUGCGCAGCGUGAGCAGCAGCAGUUCCGGAGCCUUAGCUCCAGAGAACUGGGGUCUAGUUCUUCUUUCAGUGUUGGUUCCCCUGGUGAUUCUUGGCCUAAAUGGGGUUCUUCCAAUGGGAAUGCAGAGUGGAAUGUCAAUAACAAAGACUUUGGUCAGCUCAAAAGAUCAGCAACAUUGGAGGCUAACACUAAUGAGGAAGAGCCUGAUUUAUCAUGGGUUCAGUCACUUGUCAAAGAAUCUCACCAUGAAGCUAACCAAGAUUCAGUAAGCCAUGUUCCUGGCGCUGCAGGUAUUGCUGAUGCAUCUUUCAGCAACAGCUCAAAUUUAAAUUCCGGGAUCGAACCAACUGAGCAAUCUGUUUUAGGUGCAUGGAUUGAGCAAAUGCAGCUUGAUCAAAUGCUGGCUCAGUGAGUAGAGUCAUGAAUGAAACACAUGCUGGUAAAUAACAUAAUGUUUUGAGUUUUGGUAUUGCCUGUAGUCAAUGCGAACAGAACCAAAACGCAUUUAGAAUAGGGGGGUCACAACAGGAAGGAAAGGAAGGUCACAAGUUCUCCGGGGAAAUUAUUUUUGUCAUUUUAUUAUUCAUAAUAUAAUUUUAGAAAAAUGUUUUUCUGGGUUAACUUCAAAAUUGGAUAAACCCAGUUUAGGCAAUUUUUCUCAGAGGUACCAAUAUUAUAAUUUUGGUGUCUGUAACAUUAUAUGUUCUGAUUAAGCAAGUCUAUUCAUUGAAUGAAAUAACUACCAUCUCUGUAGUACCUGACUUCUCAGGGUUUUUUCA